UCUAUCUCUCUAAAAUGACACUCAAGCCCAAACCAAACCCGGAUUCUUGCCUAAACCUCUUGUUUUAUUUUUGCUUCUUGUUUUUAGAUUUUAUGCUCUGUGUCUGUUUUUCAAAGUUCUUAGGAGGAGAACCCUGAAAGUACGGAGAAUAUAGAUAGAAAAAAAAAAAAAAAAAAAAGUAAAAGAAAAGCUAAAAACUUUGUGCUGAAAUUGUUAGCUUCUUUCCUGGAGAAAUAUGGAGCGGUAUGAGAUUGUCAAAGAUAUUGGGUCUGGGAAUUUUGGGGUUGCUAGGCUGGUCAAAGAUAAAUGCACAAGGGAGCUUUUUGCUGUUAAGUUCAUUGAGAGAGGCCAGAAGAUUGAUGAGCAUGUACAGAGGGAGAUUAUGAAUCACAGGUCACUGAAACAUCCCAAUAUUGUUAGGUUUAAAGAGGUCUAUCUUACACCAACUCAUCUAGCUAUUGUAAUGGAGUAUGCUGCGGGAGGAGAACUCUACGAAAGAAUUUGCAAUGCUGGCAGAUUUAGCGAGGACGAGGCCAGGUUUUUCUUUCAGCAACUAAUAUCAGGAGUCAGUUAUUGCCAUUCAAUGCAAAUAUGUCAUAGAGAUCUUAAGCUUGAAAAUACACUUUUAGAUGGCAGUACAGCACCCCGCGUAAAAAUAUGUGAUUUUGGAUACUCAAAGUCAUCUGUGCUGCAUUCUCAGCCAAAGUCUACUGUUGGAACGCCGGCCUAUAUUGCACCUGAGGUCCUAUCUAAAAAGGAAUACGAUGGAAAGAUUGCAGAUGUAUGGUCUUGUGGUGUUACCUUAUAUGUGAUGUUGGUUGGAGCUUAUCCAUUUGAAGAUCCUGAUGAUCCAAGAAACUUCAGAAAAACAAUUGGGAGAAUACUUAGUGUUCACUAUGCAAUUCCAGAUUAUGUCCGUGUUUCUAUGGAAUGUAGGCAUCUUCUGUCUCGGAUAUUUGUGGCAAAUCCAGAAAAGAGAAUAUCUAUACCGGAAAUCAAAAGUCAUCCAUGGUUCUUAAAGAACUUGCCUAUAGAACUAAUGGAAGGUGGAAGCUGGCAGAGCCGCGAUGUAAAUAACCCACCCCAGAGUCUUGAAGAAGUGCUGUCCAUAAUACAAGAGGCAAGAAUAUCUUUAGAGGUCCCCAAGAAUGGUGGGAAUUUGCUUGGAGGCAGUAUGGAUCUUGAUGAUUUGGAUAUGGAAGCAGACGUUGAAGAUAUAGAAACAAGUGGUGAUUUUGUGUGCCCACUUUGAGGAAAACUGUACAUUACCAAAACGUACUCAGCUGAGACACUUGUGUCUGAUCUGUAUAUUUUUUUCCCCUUCUGUAUUAUCUCUCUCUUCAAUUGGGCUGAUAAAAUGACCCUUAUUACGUGUGCUACAAACUUUCAUCAAAAUCUAAUUAGCUGUUUUUUCUUGUUUCAA